AAAGAGUUAUGGAAAGAGGAAAGAAUGAUUAAGAACCAUUAGUAGCUAAACUGGAAAUCCCACCUGCCCUUUCUGCGCCUGUCUGCUGGGUGGGAGGAGGAGUGAGGAGCUGGCCAGCGGCGGGCAGCCUCGCUGGAGCUGCUGCACAGUCUGCUCCGGCGUGAGAUCCCCUGGGCUUUCCAGCUGAAGCCGGGCACCCUGGUCGGCCAGGAGCGAAGAUGGAGAGGCGGGUGUUCGAGAGGUCCUUCUGUCAUCUGUCUACCUACAGACUGAUUUGGUUCUUGGCCGCAGUGAUGCUAUGCAGGGCACAAGUGGUGACCCAAGAUGAAAGAGAGCCGCUGAACACACCUGCUUCUUUAAGAUGCUUCCUGGAGAUUCCCCAGGAAGUCCUGAUUGUGACAUGGCAGAAAAUCAAGGCUUCAAGCCCAGACAACAUGGUCACUUUCAGCAAGGAACAUGGGGUCGUGGUCCAGCAGGCCUAUAAGGAUAAGAUGAACAUAACCGAGCUGGGACUUCAGAACACAACCAUAACCUUCUGGAAUACCACUCUGGACGACGAGGGGUGUUACAAGUGUCUCUUCAAUACCUUCGGUUCCGGGAAGAUUUCAGGAAUAGCCUGCCUCACCCUCUUUGUGCAGCCCACAGUAUUCGUUCACUAUAAAUUAUCCGAAGACCACCUAAAUGUCACUUGCUCUGCCAAUGCCCGCCCAGCCCCUGCAAUCUCCUGGAAGGUCGCUGGGUCAGGAAUGGACAACAGUACUGAGAUUAUCACACACCCCAAUGGGACCACGUCUGUCAUCAGUGUCCUCCACAUCAAAGACCCCAAGAAUCAGAUGGGGAAGGAGGUGAUCUGCCAGGUGCUGCACUUGGGGAAUAUGACCUACUUCGGGCAAACUGUGAACAAAGGUUUUUGGUUUUCAGUUCCACUGCUCUUAAGUAUUGUUUCCCUGGUAAUUCUUCUGAUCCUAAUCUCAAUCUUACUAUACUGGAAACGUCAUCGGACCCAAGACAGAGCAAGGCUGCAUUCUGAAGGAAGGUGUGAUGAGUUAGAGGCAAUUUCUCUUUGCUCCAUUCCUGAUGGGAUCAUCGCAGUUACUUCCCAUGAGACUGCGACAAUAAGAUAAUAGAGCCCUAAGAGAGCUGCACAACCCUGGAAAUUAUUCUCUGGUCUACUUGAAUCUGAUGCAGGAGGAAAGCAGGAGUGAAAGGGUCAUUCUCCAGGGACCUAUGAGAGCAAAAGACGUGGAAGUAAAAGGCCUAAGAAUUUCAAGACUUUCUACUGCCAUCUAAGCUAAUCCGUGCUUAUGUGAGUUACAAGAGGAAGUCAUUUACCUCUCAGGUCUGUUGUAGGAUUGAUUUUGUAAAGCAAUGCAGUGUUGUGCUGUUGAAUGGAUACUGGACUUAGCAUGAGGAGCCACAGUUUGAGACUGACUUUGGCUGAGACUGGUGGCAAUCCCGUAUUAAUCACUAUUCAAUGAACUUCCACGAUGGCAUCCAGAAAAUUAAGGAGUUGGACCAGAUGAUUUGCCAUUCUGCUCUAAAAACUGAUGUCAUUCCAGGAGGAGGGAUAUGAACAAAGGGAAAAGACAUGAGCAAGAGAGAAAAAAAGAAGUUGGGAAGGUUAAGGACCAAAGAACUUUUCUGAGAUUACCUUUUGCUUUUCUGUGGCUGUUCCAUCUAUUCUUCUCUUGCUGUUCCUAGGUCCAUGAAUCUGUUUC